CACUGUCAGAACGCGUUUGUUGUUUUUUAGGUUCUGCUGUAAUUCGUUUUGAAUGCUAUAAGGAAUUCGGGAAAACAAAUCUUGGAAAAACGUGCGAAUCCUCAAUUCUUUCAACUCAAAAACCAUGAGCGCCUUUCCCGGAACGUUCGCCUUCGACGAAUAUGGUCGGCCUUUCAUUAUCCUGCGCGACCAGGAGCGCCAGAAGCGCAUCACAGGAACAGAUGCCAUAAAGACGCACAUUAUGGCCGCCCGCCAGAUCGCCUCUACCCUGAAAACCUCGCUGGGUCCCAAGGGUCUGGACAAGAUCAUGGUAAGCGCCGAUGGCGAUGUAACCGUCACCAACGAUGGCGCCACCAUCAUGAAGCUGAUGGAGGUGGAGCACGAGAUUGCCAAGUUGAUGGUGCAGCUGUCGCAGUCGCAGGACGACGAGAUCGGUGAUGGAACCACCGGCGUUGUGGUUUUGGCCGGAGCUCUGCUGGAACAGGCAGAGGGCCUGAUCGAUAGAGGAAUUCAUCCCAUUCGUAUCGCCGAUGGCUUUGAGUUGGCCGCCCAGUGCGCCAUAAAGCAGUUGGAUGCGAUUGCCCAGCCCUUCCCUGUGGAUCCCAAUAACAAAGAGCCCCUGAUUCAGAUCGCCAUGACCACGCUGGGCAGCAAGAUAGUGAACAAGUGCCACCGUCAGAUGGCCGAGAUGGCUGUGGAUGCCGUGUUGAAUGUAGCCGACAUCGAGAAAAAGGACGUGAACUUCGAGCUCAUCAAGAUUGAGACCAAGGUUGGCGGUCGCAUGGAGGAUUCGAUGCUGGUGAAGGGCGUUAUUGUGGAUAAGACCCUCAGCCACUCGCAGAUGCCCAAGGAGCUGAAGAACGUCAAGCUGGCCAUUCUCACCUGCCCGUUCGAGCCCCCGAAGCCCAAGACCAAGCAUAAGCUCGAUGUUACUUCCGCUGAGGAUUACAGGGCGCUGCGCGAGUACGAGCAGGAGAAGUUCACGCAGAUGGUUAAGCAGGUUAAGGACGCCGGCGCAACCCUGGCCAUCUGUCAGUGGGGCUUCGACGACGAGGCCAAUCAUCUGUUGCUGCAGCAGGAGCUGCCAGCUGUGCGCUGGGUCGGUGGCCCGGAGAUCGAACUGAUUGCCAUCGCCACCGGUGGUCGCAUUGUGCCGCGCUUCGAGGAGCUUACGCCUGAGAAGCUGGGCACCGCCGGCCUCGUCCGGGAGAUGGCCUUUGGUACUUCCAAGGACAAGAUGCUGGUCAUCGAGGAGUGCAAGAACUCCAAGGCUGUGACCAUCUUCUUGCGUGGUGGCAAUGCAAUGAUUAUCGCUGAGGCCAAGCGUUCCAUCCAUGACGCCAUCUGCGUGGUGCGUUCGCUGGUAAAGGAUUCGCGUAUCGUUUACGGCGGUGGAGCGGCCGAGAUCAGCUGCUCCUUGGCGGUGGCCAAGGAGGCCGACCAGCUGUCGACUCUGGAGCAGUACGCAUUCCGCGCCUUCUCCGUGGCCCUGGAGAGCAUUCCCUUGGCCCUGGCCGAGAACAGCGGCCUCCAUCCGGUCGAGACUCUGUCUGAGCUGAAGGCCAGCCAGGUGGCCGAGAAGAAGCCUAGCCUGGGCGUGGACUGCAUGCUGACGGGUGAUUCGGACAUGAAGAGCCACAAUGUGGUGGAGUCUCUGCACUCGAAGAAGCAGCAGAUCCUGCUCUCCACGCAGCUCGUCAAGAUGAUACUCAAGAUCGACGACGUGCGCUCCAAGAACGAGGGCGGCAUGUAGAUGCACAGUCCUUGAUCCACUAACACCGCACAUCAGCCAACACCCGACAGAUUUCAGAUUCACAUCCCCUCGCCUUGCUAUCUCUCCUCACGAACAACACCCGCGCAGCGCCUCAUCUCUAUGUAUAUCUGUAUUACUUGUUUACUUUUAUUAAUCCACAAGUUCUUUGGAAAAGAAGAAAAAUUACAUUAAUCGAGGGGCUAUCCCUGGUCAAAUACACUAAAACCAAACUAA